CCGGCUGCCCGGCUACGAGAGCUACGAGGCAGCUGUGCGCUCGGACUCGCCGGCAUUCUGACCUGAUAAGUCACCAGUGUCGGAUCGUGAGAAAGUGGAGAGGGAUUCUCGCGCUCCUCGCAUCUCGCAGGACAUUUAAAUCGCACCGCAGGCAGGCGGACGGAGACCGGCGAUUUUGGAUUCGGCAUUCUGAAAAGAGGGAAAACCGCGUUGUUUCUCCUCGCGCGUCGGUCUGUAAAAGAGAGAGAGAGAGAGAGAGAAAAAAAAAAGAAAAUCACUGUUUCUCUCCUGCGCCGCGCCUGCCGCUCCUCUUUCUCUCUCCCUCUUUUCUCAUGAUUCCCUCGGGAAACGAAACGUACUAGUCGGCAGUCGCCCCGCGGACUUCGACAAGCACGAAUCGCGCGACGAUUAAAAAAGUGUGGCACCGGCCGGAAAAACGCGCGCACGCACACACACGCACUACGCUUAUUUAUUAGGAUCCUCGGAGCAAUCCCGCAAAUCGUAUUAUUUAUUAUGCUUUUUGUGCCUUGAUUCGCGGAAUAACCACUUGUGGAAAACAAAUAUUGAAGAGGAAGAAUAUACGGAAUAAACCACACGACCAAGAAUAAAAAGAGAGAAAUACCUUCCCGGAAAAAACGAAGAAAAUGUAUAAAAGUACGUGAGAAGCUAAACGAACUGAUCGAACGAACGAAACACGCCUCUCUCUUUCGCUUCGCUCACAUCAUCGUCGCAAUUGCGACUUUGGCCUGUGCACACAGAGACACGCGCGCACACGUAUACACACGUGUAUAUACCACGCGUAUACCGUGCGUAAGUCGUCAUCGUCGUUCGCGACUCGUCGCGAGGUGAGUGAUCAUCCCGUCUCUGCCUCGUUCGCUGUGAAAAAAAAGGUGUUGAGUGUCUCCCCUCCCCCCACUUCUAUCUCUGUCUCUUCCUCUCAUCCCGGGAUCCGGAAAUUCUUCGACGGAGCACGUGGGAACACAUCCGGCACGUGUCCCGGGAAUCCUGCGGAAGAGAUCGGGGAGAGAAGCCAGAUCCCGCGCCCGUCAUGGACCUUCUGUGCUGCGAGACCACGGAGACCGAGUGCCGGGCGUACGCCGAUCCGGCCCUCCUAGGCGAUGACCGAGUCCUGCAGAAUCUCCUGCAGACCGAGGAGCGCUACGCGCCGAGCCGGUCAUACUUCGAGUGCGUGCAGAGGGACAUCUCGCCGCUCAUGCGCAAGAUCGUUGCCGAGUGGAUGUUGGAGGUAUGCGAGGAGCAGAAGUGCCAGGACGAGGUCUUUCCCUUGUCGAUGAACUACGUCGACAGGUUUCUCUCGAUCUGCCCGAUCAGGAAGUCGCAGCUGCAGUUGCUCGGCACCGCCUGCUUGCUGCUGGCCUCGAAGCUGCGCGAGGCGUCGCCGCUCACGGCCGAGGUCCUGGUUUUCUAUACCGACAACUCCAUCACCCUCGACGAUCUAUGGAGGUGGGAGCAGCUGGUCGUUUCCAAGCUGAAAUGGGAACUGUCCGCGGUGACGCCCGGUGACUUCCUAAUGCACAUCCUCAGCAGAUUGUCGAUGCCGCACACCUGCGACACUGUGAUGGUCCGGAGGCACGCACAGACCUUCAUCGCUCUCAGCGCCAGAGAGUACAAGUUCUCGAUGUACACACCGAGCAUGAUCGCAGCCGCGAGCGUAGCGGCGGCGUUACACGGGCUAGAUUGGACCGGGAAGAGUGGCUACGGGCUGGCCGGUCUCCUGGAUGAGCUCACCCGUAUCACGGCCAUCGAACAGGAUUAUUUGCAAGGCUGCCUGGAGCAGAUCGAGGAGAUGAUUUCACAGGCUGCUCACGUGAGCACCGAGGUCCCCGGAAACGGAAGCGGGCACCAGACAAUGAGCGCCGGAGUCUCGAGCGCACCGCAGCAGAGGCCGCUGGGGGACCAGAACACGAGUCAGGAGAAGAUACUGGAGCACGAGAAGGCGGGCACGCCGACCGACGUCAGGGAUGUACAUUUUUGAAAACCGCAGCAGGGGGACACUCCGUAGGGGCCGACACAUUGGUGAAUCUGACAGCCGAGGAGAAGUUACCUUCCAGCGAGGAAGAGACGGAGAAUGAUGAUGAUAAUAACGACGGACAGCCAAGGAAGAAGCAUAGAAGAGUCGUGGAGGAGCAGCAAGAUGUUCUGGAAGUAACGAAAUGUAACGAACCAACUGGUCGUUCGGAGCGGGGAACUCCUCCCGAAGAAUCUCGAGAUCGAACUUGAUUAAUCGUUAAAUUGCGUUUGAUUGAAAAUUACGACGCGAAUCGUCGUUAAGCCAUAGGCAUGUGUAGAACAUGUUUUAAAUCAUGGAUAUGAGGUUUAUUUCGAUGUAAGAUUGACAGGGCGUACCUGUGCAAGAGAGAAUUUUUUCUUGGGUUUAUUUCGGAGAUUACGUACGCAACGAUACGUUCUAGAUCGACUGACGCAAUGAAAUUUUGGUUUUUUUUCCCAUAGCUAUGGCUAUUUAUAAUGUCUCGCGUAUCAUAUAUUUAUUUGACAUAUACGUUCACAUCGUUCUCAUCGGCGAAUAUAUAUUUCAUAUUUUAAUCGUAUUUUAAAAGAUUAUUUUCUAAAAUUGCUUCAACUUCGCGAGACUCGCGAACUGCAAAUCGGCAAGUCGAGAAACAGUCAGCUCGCCGUUUUUCCGAUUAAUUUUCCAAUCGAAGGACGAUCCGAGGGUGGUGACUAAACAAAUGCAACGUUUCGACCGUGAAACUAUUGUUUGAGACGCCAGCCAGGUAGAUGAACGAGAAUAAACGAGAAGAAUUAAACCACGAUUAAAAACGUUCUCGAGAUGAUGCGAAAGAAAUGUGAGAGGCUGAGGACCGCUGUGCGAGAGGGAUCCAUUUGUGUCUGAAUCCGCGCUGUUCCGACGUGUGUCGCCCGAUGUGUGUAGAAAAAGAAAAACAGGGAAAAAAAAGAGAAAAAAGAGAGAUAGGGAGAAAAGAGCGUAGGAAUCAGGAAGGCGUGCUGUUUUGGGGGAAGGCAAUGCAAUACGCUUUACGCAUUUGUAAUUUUGUAAUAGGAAUAUACACUUAACUUUUAGGCGACAAGACAAGAAACUACCGACAAGAAAAAGACGAAAGGGAAAUGGUGUAAGUUGGAGGGGGAAUUCGCGUUCUUCCGCGCGCGAGCAUUAAAAAGAAAAAAAAAUUCACUUAGUCAUAUCCACAGUCAUAUCUUGUACAUACAUAGGCAUAUAUAGGCGUACGAAUAAAGUGAAUAUAUAUAUUAUAUCGAAAAAAUAUAUAUAUCUAUAUAUACAUGUGUAAACUGAUGAGGGGAGAAGGGGAGAGAAAACAAAGAGAAUAAUGCACGAUAAAAGCGGAAAAAAAAAAUGCGAGAUGGCAAUCGAAUAGGAAACAGGGAAUACUUGGGCCGUAUUGCUUGCGAUAUCGAAUUAUAUGAUGUUUAACUUAAAUAAUCUAAGAAACUGAUAAUACAAUUUACUUAGGA